AUGGCGCAGGCCGCGCCCGCGCCCCAUCGCACCCACUCCUUCGCCAAGAAGACCUUCCACAAGCCCACUUACUGCCACCACUGCUCGGACCUGCUGUGGGGGCUCAUCGGCCAGGGCUACGGCUGCGAAGUGUGCAACUUCAUAGUGCACGAGCGAUGCGUGGGGCAGGUGGUGACGCCGUGCUGUGGGGUGGCGCCGAGCCUUAUCAAGAACCCGGUGGCUCAUUGUUGGUCCGAGCCGACACACCACAAGCGGAAGUUCUGCACAGUGUGUCGGAAACGGCUCGAUGAACUGCCAGCUUUACAUUGUAUGAUAUGCGAGUACUACGUCCACGGCGAGUGCGUGGACUUCGCGGCGGCGGACUGCAAGGAGAACGCGACGUACUGCGCGGGCAGCGAGCCGCGCCACGUGCACCACUGGCGAGAGGGCAACCUGCCCGCCAACUCCAAGUGUGCCGCCUGCCGCCGCGCCUGCUGGUCCACCGAGUGCCUCACAGGCUACCGGUGCGAGUGGUGCGGAAGCGCGUGUCACGCUGGAUGCCGCGCCCUAAUCCCUGAAGAAUGCAACUUCGGGAUGCUGCAGCCGAUCUUCCUCCCUCCAUCGGCGGUUUCAAUCCCACGCACGGAAGUGCCGAUGGAAGCUAUAAUCGGCGUGCACGUGCGCCCCCCACCCUCACAGCGGGACUUCGGAUGCCCGCGGGAGGUCCACGGCGGCUGGCGCGGCGCGCGGCUGGCGCGGCUGGCGCGGCGCCUGCUGCCGGCCGCCUGCAGCCCGCACGGCGGCGCCUCGCCCCCCUACUCCAGAGCGCGCAGCGUGAGCGAGGAGUUCAGCUCGGGGUGCGAGGGCCGCUCAACCACCGGCUCGACAGGAGCGCCGUCCGAUCAGGAACACCGACCCGACCACAAGCAACACCGUGAUAGGACCCCCGAUGACAGGGAUGAAGAAGUGGUCAAAGUGUACGACGGUGAAGCGGCGUGGUCGCGUCGCUUAUACCGGCCGGUAGUGGUGGGUCGGAACUGGAAUGAGCGGGAGUUGGUGUCGGCGGCACUACGGGCCUUCCAUGUGGCCCGAGACCCCGACCAAUUUGAAUUGACGGACGCCCUAGCUGGUGACGAACCUCCGCUAAAGGAUCCAACGCCUCUGGCUAGGGUCACACGCUUACCUAAUAAAAGGCCUUCGCUCUUCCUGCGUUUCAAGGAGCCGGAGAGCGGUGGCGGCGAGGUGCGCGUAUUCCCGGGUCGAGUGGCCGGCGCCGGCGACACUUUCGUGACGGUGCCGUGCUCGGGCGAGCACGCCGUCGCCGACCUCAUGGCGGCCGCGCUCGAGCGCUUCGGCCUCGACCCUGAGCGCGCCGUACACGACUACCGCUGCUCAGAGAUUCUACUCGAUCGAGGCGUAUCAGAACGUGUCCUCGAGGAGGACGAAAGGCCUUGGCGCAUAGUGGUGCGGCUCGCGCGCGAGUCGGUCCGGCGCAUGGAGCUGGCUCGCUUCUACCUGCAGCCGCGCCGCGACCCGCACGGGCCCACACUCGCGCUGUUCGUCGCCUCCCUACCUCCCGGCCUCUCCGAGCGCAACUACGAGAACAUUCUCGUCGAGUUCCUCGGUACUGAAAACAAGUUCACAUCGAUCGGUCCGAUCUACUAUGAAUACGGGUCGAUGGUGAUCACGUACGAGGACGCCAGCAAAGCUGUGCGCGCGCUGUAUGCACUCCGAGAGGCCAAAUAUGAAGAUAAACCUUUAUUAGUCAUGUUGCUGCCAAGCAUCGAACCGUCAAUGGUCCCGGCGGGUGUAAAACCACUUCUAGUUUUCGUGAACGUGAAGUCGGGUGGCUGUCAGGGUCUGGAACUUAUCUCGUCGUUCCGGAAGCUUCUCAACCCUUACCAGGUGUUCGACCUUGAGAACGGCGGCCCCCUGCCAGGACUGUACGUGUUCCGUCACAUCCCCAACUACAAGAUCUUGGUGUGCGGCGGUGACGGCACCAUCGGCUGGGUGCUGCAGUGCCUCGACAACGUCGGCCAGGACUCGCAGUGCUCCAACCCGCCUUGCGCCAUCGUCCCUCUCGGCACUGGUAAUGACCUUGCCCGCGUUCUACGCUGGGGCUCGGGCUACACCGGCUGCGAGGACCCGCUGUCGCUUCUGCGUGACGUCAUCGACGCCGAGGAGAUCCGUCUCGACCGCUGGACCGUAGUCUUCCACCCUGAGGACAAGCAGGACGAGCCCAAAGAGCUCUCCAAACAGCUACCCGGGUCGCAGAGCGAAGACAACUCGCAGAUACUGGUCAUGAACAACUACUUCGGCAUCGGCAUCGACGCAGAUCUCUGUCUCGACUUCCACAACGCGAGAGAGGAGAACCCCAACAAGUUUAACAGCAGGUUACGCAACAAGGGCGUGUACGUGAAGAUGGGGCUCCGCAAGAUGGUCGGUCGGAAAAUGUGCAAAGAUCUGCACAAGGCCGUCAAGCUCGAAGUGGACGGAAAGCCGGUGGAACUGCCCGCAGUCGAGGGCAUCAUCAUAUUGAAUAUACUAAGCUGGGGCUCCGGAGCGAACCCGUGGGGCCCCGAGAAGGACGACCAGUUUAACAAGCCCAACCACUGGGACGGGAUGCUGGAAGUAGUGGGCGUCACCGGAGUCGUGCAUCUCGGACAGAUACAGUCCGGCUUGCGCGGCGCCAUGCGGAUAGCGCAGGGCGGACAUAUAAAAAUAAAUCUCAAGAGCGAGAUCCCGGUGCAAGUAGACGGAGAGCCGUGGGUUGCAGCGCCCAGUGAAGUCGUGGUGCUCAAGUCGGCCCUCAAGGCCACGAUGCUGAAGAAGCGCGGGAAGGUGCGCCGGCGCAGCACCGAGCCCAGCCUGCCGCCGCCCCCGCCGCCGCCACCGCACCCCCCCGACUCCUGA